AUGACGAUGGACGUUGAAAUACAUCCAGUGGAUGACCCCAAUGUAUUAAAAUUCUAUAUUGAUCCAGAAAUGACUCAAUUUGAAGAAGUAGGUGGAACAUGUUCGAACAGAGAUAAUCCAGACGAAAUCUGUUGUACAGUUCGUAGCAUAGUUAUAGGAAUAGUAUUUGUAAUUGGUAUAUCGUUUCUUCACCAAUGGACUGUUUAUACUUACACAAGUACUUACAUUGGUCCCAUGCUAGCCAUUAUUAUAACAUAUCCAGUUGGACACCUAUGGGCAUAUGUUAUACCUAAUGCAAAACCAUUCACUCAGAAGGAACAUGGUCUUAUACUAGUUAUGACAAAUGUAGCUUGGAUGUAUUAUUUACAAUUCAAUUUUGCUGUAUCUGCUGCAUUACCAAUAUUAGAAAAUGAUAAAAAAAACUUUGCAAAUUAUUUCUUUCUCGUUUUGGCGUUUCAAUUUCUUGGCUUUGGACUUGCAGGUGUUCUUCGACGAUUCUUGGUUUGGCCAACAGAAGUCAUCUGGCCACAAAAUUUACCGCUAAUCGCUAUUUUACGUACUUUACAUGAACGCAAGACAACUACGAAAGAAACAACUUAUGGUCCUGCUGCACGACGUUGGAGCUUGAAGGAAACGUUAAUCCAAAAUAAAUUACUCUUUUUUGGUAUAGUUGUCUUUUUAGCAUUCUUCUACGAAUGGUUUCCACUAUAUAUUAUGCCUUUUCUAUCUGUUUUCUCAUGGAUGUGUAUGUUCAAUCUUAAUAAUCGUCUUCUUGGUCAGUUAACUGCUGUUCGUGGAUUGGCAUUAGCUGGUGGUGGACUUACUCUUGAUUGGAUGAAGAUAACAGUAUAUCUUGGAUCACCACUUAUUUUACCUGGUUGGGCUUUAUUCAAUAUUGCAUUUGGUUUCGUAUUAAUUAUUUGGUUUAUUGUUCCGAUUGUGUAUGGAUCGAAUGUACGUGGCGUAAAAACUCGUCCGAUUGCUGGAGUUAUGUUUUCAGGAACUACAGCUAUGAAUCUUGUUACAGCAUUUACUUCAUUUGCUUAUCUUCCAUGUAUUUUUGUACAUACAUUUCUAUUUCAUGGACACAAUCUCUGGACACAAUUUCGUACAAAAUCACUUGGCAAUACAGGAAAUGAUAUGCAUAAUCGACUCAUGUCAGUCUAUCCACAAGUUCCUGAUUGGUGGUAUUUCAUACUCUUCUCAAUAUCCUUGAUUAUGGUUUGUGUCAUUUGUAAUCAAAAUGGUUGGUUACCAUGGUAUUUAGUGCUUCUUACUCUUUUCAUUAAUAUGAUGCUUGUACUUCCUGUUGGACUUGUUUCUUCUAUAACAGGACAGUUUCUACAUAAUGCACCUGUUUAUUAUCUUGGUGUAAUGGUUUCUCAAGGAUUGAAUUUAGGAAACGAAUCAGCAAAAACAUAUAGCUUUAUCGUCGUUGGUUAUAUAUUAUUUAUUCAAUCACUCGCUCUAAUACAAGACAUGAAAUUAGGUCACUAUCUCAAAAUUGGUCCUCGUUACAUGCUUUUUGCACAAGCUCUUGCAGGCUUCGUAUGUUCUACAUUUAGUGUUGGUAUACAAUAUAUGAACUUUAAUAAAUACGGAAUUAAUAAUGACUAUGAUUCAAGUUUUUCUAUAUUCGAUUAUACAUUACUUGGUGGCAGUGCUUUCUCUGAUAUAGAUGGUUUCUUCGGUGGUGCAAAUCGUGCUAAUCGUGCUUUACUUUGGGCAUUUUUAGUUGGAGCACUAUUACCUAUUCCUGGUUGGUUAUUAUCAGGCUGGCCACGUUUUACUUGGUUAAAACAUUUACACUGGCCUCUUAUUCUAAUAUCAUUUAGUUGGAUGCCUGCUCUAUUGUCAGCAGGUGCACUUUUCACUUGGCUUCUUGUCGGUCUUGUAGUAUAUUUUACUAUUGGUAAACGUAGCUGGAGUCAACGUCACAUUUAUUUAGCUUCCGGUGCACUCGAUCUAGGUCUUAAUUUGGCAUUGAUCUUUAUAAACACAAUAUUUUUAAACCAGGACAAUUAUUUUCCAAAUUGGAGAGGCACUUCAACGAACAAAGGAUGGGACACUUGUAAACAAGCACUUUUAGCACAGUCAUAA